UCGAAAUCAAUAUGGCGGCGCCGCGACGGACAGCGACUUGACAGUGGCGAGGAAGUCGCGUGUCGCGGUGACGUCGCGACGUUCUUCGCCGUUUCGCGAUGACCGCGAAUUACUAUUUCGCGAUCGUCGGCCACGCCGACAAUCCGCUGUUCGAGAUAGAGUUCAACAAUGCCGGCAAGGACACGAAGAAGGAGGACCACUCGCAUCUGAAUCAAUUCAUCGCCCACGCGGCGCUCGACCUCGUGGACGAGCACACGUGGAAAACGACGAACAUGCAUCUGAAAGUCGUGGACAAGUUCAACCAGUGGUUCGUCAGCGCGUUCGUUACCGCGACCCACAUUCGAUUCGUCAUGGUGCACGACAGCAAGAACGAGGACGGGAUCAAGAACUUCUUCAACGAGAUGUACGAGACCUACAUAAAGUAUUCGAUGAAUCCAUUUUACAAGCUCAACACUCCUAUCAAGUCCCUGGGAUUUGAGAAAAAGGCACAGUUAUACGGCAGGAAAUAUUUAUCUUCGUGAACGUAACGGUUGCUGUUGAUAAAAAUGAGUGUUUAUUAACUUGCUUCUCCUUGCUUUAUUCAGGAUUUGUAUAUUACAAAGUGUGCCGUUAAUAAGCGUUGGAAACAAAUGUGAUAAGUUUUUUUUCAGAUGUUAAUUUUAUACAACGGUAUGUACAAGAUAAUUGCACCGUGUGAUCAUUGAAUUGUUUAUAUAAAAAAUUUGUUUUGCUGAAAAAA